CUGAAUGAAUGUGCGAGGGGAGAGAGAGAGAGCAGAAGAGCAAACCCACCACAGGGAACAGUGAGAAACCUCUCUUUGGUCUCGAGGAGAAACCGGAAGAGAUCUACGGCGUUUGUGAAGCGGAUUUUAUGUCGGCUGGGUUUGAAUCGGCAGUGAUAUUGUCUCUGUUUCAAAUCUCUUUUCCCUUUACUACAACCACUCCUUCGUCUUCCUCGUUCUCUGGUCUGAAAGCUCUCCUCAACGCCCUUCACUUCUGCUCUAAGCAGAGGCUGAUUCUUGAGUUUCCGUCUCUUUCCAUGCGUUUACGGCCCAAAAGGACUUGCUCUGGCGUUGAAGUUUUUGGAGGUUUUCACAUAAAACAAAAACAACCCUUCUUCAUAUUUCGCUGAUUCAAGCUGAGAUUUUUUUAUA